AUGAACGGCCAUGCAGUACGGAGCUCCUCCUCUGCCUCGAAUUACGACUCCCGGUAUGGCACCGGUCUACAUCCCUCCUCGAAGGCACUGCUUGAAGGCUACAAAGGCUCCCUGGAAAGCACGGACGAAGACCGAGGAGACCGGCAGCGGUUUCAACAUACGAAUGGCUCACUAGCGCGUACCUCUGAGCUAUUGGACACAAGCGAUCCGGUGUCAAUGCACUUAUUGAUGGAGACAGCCAUUGGGGACAGUUCACAAUAUGGGCUCUUGUCUUUCGAGGAGGUGGACGAGCUGAAGAAGGAAAUAUCCAUACUAUCGACUCGCAUUGAUGCAACCAAGCGCAAACUAGCCAUUGAGAACAAGCUUCGUGAUGCGGCAACCUCACUCAAUCGACUUUAUACCCCAAACAGUCGCGAAAGCGUAAUGGACGGCGGAUCAAAACGGCAACGAAGGAGUGUGAUAAGCAAAGGCAGCGCUAGUGAUUUGUUGAGUAAGACAGACAAUGAGUUGGUCGCCAGCAACAAGAAGUGUGAGGAUUUGGCGCAGGAACUGCUGAGGCUUGAGAGACGAGCGCAAGAGCUACAGAAAAGGUUGCUAGAACAUACAGCUGGAGUCUUGCAGAUCACGCACAAGGGUUAUUUGGAAAAUGACGCCUCUCGUGAACAGUCAGAGCACAUGAACGGCUACCCUGAAAGUUCUGAAAGCCUACCCACGCUCAGUUUCGGAAAAGAGUUCGACGAUCGCAGCUUCUACCAGACGUUAGACUCGUUUUUAGAAUCCGGUGAUACUCAGACGAACGGGAAGGUUGCCUCAGCUUUUGCCGAACAGACUGAGUCAAUUCUUGAGACAGAGCGAAAGCUCUGGGACCUCAACCGACGUCUGAGGGAUUCUAUCGCGCAAGCGAGCGCUGGUCGACAAAUGCUACCUGCACCUCCUGCACCACACAGAGAGUCCAAAUUGCAACACGACCACGAGGUCGCGCUACAAGGGCAGGUGGAGUAUUUGGAAAAGGGCCUCGACAGCAUGCAAAGAAGUCAAGUCGAUACGCUACAAGGCUAUAAGCAGUCAGCCUACGCUGCUGAAGAGAGGCUUGAGGAUCUCAACACACAACUUCGUGGUCUUAUACUUCGAAGUAACCUUGAUCCUGAUGCACAGUAUCCUCAACCUCCUGAUGUCUCCGGUCGUGGUCCGGAAGAACAAAUAGCUUUCCUUGGGAAUGGCCUUGAUGCAUUAGAGCAGGGUGUGGAGCGCCUCAAAGAUGAUAGCCAGACCUCCACAUCUACUCGGCUUGUUCACGAGGAAAAAGUCGGUCAGUAUGAGACUGCAUUACAGGACCUUUGGCAAAAUAUAUUUUCAGAAGAGGAUAGCUUCUCGUUACAGGCGUUCUCCGCGAAUGUUCAAUCGCUACACACACGAGUGAAAGGCUUGCAUGAGCAAAAGGAAAUAUUGGGUCGUCAAAUCCAACAGCAGAAGGAAGUGAACAGCAAAUCUGAUUCCGAAAAAGAUGCACGAUUAGCAGAAGUAACUGCAGAGCUCGAGAAAGCGAGGAAUGACCUUCAGUCUACCGUCAGAGAAAGUAUAGAAGGAAGUUAUAUUCUCAGCGCUCAGUUGGCAGCACGCAAGGAAGACAAGGACCAGCUUUUGGCUGAGCUACAGGACAAGCACGACAAUAUCUCAAACCUCGAAGUCCAGUUACGGACUGUGACAACCGAGCAGGAUGAGCACAUUGCUAAGACAAGCGGCCUGGAGGCGAAGUUACAAGAAAAAUACACAGAAGCCGAGAAAGCGCGUACCGAAUUAGAUAAAUCCGAGGGAGAAAUGGUUCGCUUACAGACCGAACUUACCGUUGCCAGAGCAGAGCUUGAUGGGGCGUAUGGUACUCGUGCCCAGCGUGCAGCCGAGGUCGCGUCUCAUCCAGUUAUGCAAAAGGAGAUAGAGGAUCUCAAUGAGCGCAACGGGACCUUGUUGGAAGAGCUUGCUGGGCUGAAGACUCAGCACGAGGCGGGCAACGCUGAGCUUAACCAGCGGGUGCAAGCUUUGCAAAAAGAACUCUCGGAAACGAUUGGCGAGUACGAGGUCAUGACCAAAUCUAGCAUUGAGUACGAAAAGGAACGCGAGCAGUUGGAGAAUACCAUCGACAAUUUGCGAGACCGCAUUGAAGUGCUUGAAACCCAAAUAAGUGACGGAAAGGUUGAAUCGCUUGGGGUUAACGUUCCGGGAAAGCCUGGCAGCCUGGAGUCUCAGGGUUCAAGCAAUACGAGCACUGCAAUAUUGAAGAAUGAGUUCAAGAAGAUGAUGAGAGAAACGAGGGCGGAGAGCCUGAGAGUUCUAAGAGUCGAGCAAGACGAACGCCGGAAACUCGAAGCCCAGCUUCGAACACUGAAGGCGCCCGGAAAAUCAUCAUUAAGUCGAACUAUGACGGCUCAAUGA